CGCGGGUUGUUUUGAUGGAUGAGAAUUUGAUCCCGAAAUAUUUCUUAAGUUUUCGCUAUUUCAAGGUGGAUAAACAUGAUUCACGAACUCUUACUGGCGCUGAGCGGAUAUCCUGGAACGAUUUUUACAUGGAACAAACGGACAGGCUUACAGGUGUCCCAGGACAUGCCCUUCCUUCACCCCAGUGAAACCAGCGUUCUGAACCGGCUCUGUAAGAUUGGUGCAGAUUAUAUCCGCUUCAGAGAGUUCAUAGAACAACACACUGGCCAUGUGCAUCAACAAGAGCAUCACAUGAACCAGCCCAGCCAGACGGGACUUCAUGGGAUUUACCUGCGUGCUUUCUGCACGGGGCUGGACUCCAUUCUGCAGCCCUACAGACAAGCUCUGCUGGACCUCGAACAAGAGUUCCUUGGAGAUCCGCAUCUGACAAUUUCACAUGCAAAUUACAAGCUGGAUGAGUUCCAGUUGCUGUUUCCCUCUGUGAUGGUGGUGGUGGAAACUAUAAAAUCACAAAAGAUCCACGGCUGCCAGAUCCUGGAGACCGUAUACAAGAACAGUUGUGGGGGGCUUCCUCCUGUACGCAUGGCUUUAGAAAAGAUUUUGGCAGCGUGUCACGGUGUGAUGUACAAGCAGCUCGCAGCCUGGAUGCUGCACGGAUUGCUGCUGGACCAAAGCGAGGAGUUCUUUGUGAAACAGGGUCCCAGUGCAGGAGGAGCUGCUGCCAACCAGGAGGAGGAGGAGGAGGAUCUGGGGCUGGGAGGUCUGAGUGGAAAACAGCUUCGAGAGUUACAGGAUCUGAGGCUCAUCGAGGAGGAGAACAUGCUGGCUCCCUCUCUGCAGCAGUUCUCCCUGCGAACAGAGAUGCUGCCCUCCUACAUCCCCAUACGAGUGGCUGAGAAGAUCCUCUUUGUUGGGGAAUCUGUUCAGAUGUUUGAGAACCACAACUACAAUCCCUCCACAGCUGGCUCCAUACUGAAGCAUCAGGAGGAUUUGUUUGCUGCUGAGCUGCACAGACUCAAACAGCAGCCUCUUUUCAGUCUGGUGGAUUUUGAGAACUUGAUUGAUCGGUUGAGGACCACAGUAGCAGAGCAUCUGUGGACGCUGAUGGUGGAAGAGUCGGAUCUGCUGGAACAGCUGAAGAUCAUUAAGGACUUCUACUUGUUGGGCCGUGGAGAGCUCUACCAAGUCUUUAUUGACCUCGCGCAUCACAUGCUGAAGACUCCGCCAACUGCUGUCACUGAGCAUGACGUAAACGUGGCCUUUCAGCAAGCUGCUCACAAGGUUUUACUGGACGACGACAACCUGCUGCCGCUGCUGCACCUCACCGUGGACUACCAGGGCAAAGACAGCAAAGAGGCGUUAGGCCAGAGAGACGGCUCCACCCCCCCACAGGACACGUCGCCUCGUGAGCUUCCUCCCACAGGAUGGGCGGCGCUCGGCCUCACCUACAAGGUCCAGUGGCCGCUGCACAUCCUCUUCACCCCUGCUGUGCUGGAGAAGUACAACGUGGUGUUCAGGUACCUGCUGAGCGUUCGGUGCGUUCAGUCGCAGCUGCAGCACUGCUGGGCCCUGCAGAUGCAGAGGAAACACCUCAGGUCCAGCCAGACGGACGCUGUGAAGUGGAGACUCCGCAACCACAUGGCGUUUUUGAUCGACAAUCUGCAGUAUUACUUACAGGUGGACGUGCUGGAGUCUCAGUUCUCGCAGCUGCUUCAGCAGAUCAACUCCACCAGAGACUUUGAAAGCAUCCGACUGGCCCACGACCAUUUCCUCAGCAACCUGCUGGCUCAGUCCUUCAUCCUCCUGAAGCCGGUGUUUCACUGUCUGAACGAGAUCCUGGAGCUGUGCCAGAACUUCUGCUCCCUGGUCAGUCAGAGCGUGGCGUCGCUGGACGAGAGAGGAACCGCCCAGCUGGACAUCCUCGUCAAGGGCUUCAGACGUCAGUCGUCCCUCUUGUUCAAAAUCCUCUCCAGCGUGAGAAACCACCAGAUAAACUCCGACCUGGCUCAGCUGCUGCUGCGACUCGACUACAACAAAUACUACACACAGGCUGGAGGCACUCUGGGCAGUGUUUAAGAAGAUCAUGACGAAUGACGACUUCCAGAAGCUUCAUCCUCGACAAAAUACAGUUUGUGUCUAUUUCUUGUUAAACUUAAGCAUGUUCCCCCCCCUUUACUGGAUUAUUGUCUAGCUGAUUGAAUUUGACCAUCUGAACACUAUGUCACUACUUCAGAACAGAGAUGAAUGAAAAGUGGAGCUUAAAAUAUUACUGCAGUCGAGCCAGCCCCCCACUUCAGCAAGCACGCUCAAACAGAUUUCAAAAAAGUGACGUUCCACAUCUUAUUCCAAUGAAGCUUGUUGACAAAAAAACAUAUUUGAAUAUCUGCUAAUAAUAGUACUUAAUGAAGCGUAAAUCUUCCCAAAAAACACCCCACAACUCAACAGCAAACUGAAAUACCACAAAGAUGAGGGGGGAACAUUCUACUGUCCCUUUGUACUUACUGUAAAUAUUUAAAGUUUGUUGACAUUUUCUGUGUAAAAAAUAAACU